UAAGAAAAAAAUCUUUUUAUCAAAAAUGUCACAAAGACCACCCGUCCCAUAAAAUCAAGCCCCUCAACAACCCCAAGCACCAUAAUAUCAUCCAUAAGCACCUCAAUAUGCCCCUCAGUAUGCCCCUCAAUAUGCUCCUCAAUAUUCACCUGCACCAUUAGCCACAUAUCCCGCAUAAUAUGCUCCUGCAACUUACGCUCCUGCUUAUGCUCCAGUUGCUCCAUUAACAUACAGUGUCGCCAGACCAGUUGCUCCAGUUGUCGCUUAACCAGUUGUGUAAGCCCCAGUUUUGCAAUAAUCAGUCAUUGCUCAACCAGUCGUUCAACAACCAGUCCAUGCAACAAUCAAGGGAGAAUCAAGAAUCGAAUACGUCCCCUACUAAAAGGCUGUGAUGGAAUAUGAAGAACAAGAAGUCGUUCAAUAUGUCCCAAGAGAAAGAAAAGUCACAGAUUAUUAUGCAGUUGAAUAUUAAACCGAAUACGUCCCAUAAGUAUUCCAAGAGAAAUACACAGAGUACGUCCCAGUCGACAGAUAUCAAGAGAGAGUUGAAUACUAUCCAGUUGAGAGAUAAGUUGUUCAUUAAUAAGUCGUCCAACAACCAUCGUCUAAUAAGUGGUCUAAUAACCAGUUGUCUAAACAGUUGCACCAUAACCAGUUGUUCAACAAUUUCAUUGUUCAACCAGUAUAAACAUACCCAGUCUAAUAUGCUGCACCAAUCGUUUCAUCAAGAGUGAUCCCAUCAUACCCAACAUAUCCUUAAUAUCCUUAAUAUCACCCAGCACCAUAAUAAGUUUAAUAAUAACCUCCCAGAUCAAAUUUGAACAAUAACAUUUGAUAAAUUAUAAGUACAUCAUAAAUAAAUAAUUUUGUUAAUUGGUUUUUUUU